ACGUCGAGGUCCUCUCCAAAGCUGACCCGGCCUGCCACUCUGCACGAGCCCCCGCCCCCGCCCCCGCCCGCGGAGCGCUGCCCUCGGGAACUCCCCCUAAAGUUCCCCCGGUCCUCCUCUCCGCUCACUCGGCUCAGUCGCUCGACGACGGGCUGUCACACACGUAAAACGUUGACGCGAGGAACGCGGUCGAAGCAAGCCCAGCCCAGCCCUCCCGUCAACCGAGGCGCUGCCCGCCGCUCGCGUCGCCGGCCCGCGGUGGUCGCGACACGGCCGAGGAGGCGGCGGAAGGAGCGGCUCGCCGCCGGAGGUGGACGACGAGUUGGGGACGCGAAAAAAGGGGGAAAAGGUGGGAUCCCCACCCGAUCUUCCAGACCCGACGUCAGCAGCGAGAGCGAUAAAAGGGCAGCGGGGCCAUCUGCGUCGGGUCCCCUGCUGUUCCGCAGCUGUGUCAGAGUCGGCAAGUACUUCUCGGCUGCCUCACGACUUCGGAGAAGCGUCUCAUUGCACGGAGCCAUGCUCGAGCCUCGCUGGCAGCGGAUGAGACCCGUGGGGGUUGGUUCUGCGGAGGGAAGGGUGAUAGCCCAGCUGGAUGUUCCGCCGUCGCCGUCCUGCCUCGCUGUCAUUAGCGGAUAACGAGCUGCCGGGAGAGAGGAAGCGGCGAAGCAUCCUGUAGAGCGAGGCGAAAGAACCUCGCAGCUGUUUUUUAAGAGGCCCCGAGAUCUUUCGUCUGGCUUGUGCGACGAGGCUUUUUCAAGGAUUCAGCGCGCUGGAAUCUGUGCUACAAAUGGGAAGACUUGAAAAGACGUUUCCUUUUCAUCUCCAAGAUGAUACUACUUUGAUUUAGUUGGGGAGGGCGUCAAUGCCCUGAAGAAUUAGUACAGCAGCGUUGGUCACCAUGGCAGCAGCCUACCGUGUAGUGGUAAGCAGUGUGAGCUGCUACAACAGCGUGGUGGUGGAUCGGCGCACCCACUCCCACGCCGUGCACUAUUGUUCGGGCCCUUGCAGAACGCUCUCCCAAGGACUGGAAUGUUCUGUGGCCCACCACGGUACCUGCUCCGAGCUGCUGGUUGCGCCGGAUUCACCCUACGCCGACCCGAGCGGCCCGUCCGGACACUCUAGAUUCAUUAGCUCCAGGCAGAUCCCUCACCAUGUUAAAUCAAGCGGUACCGUGGACAUGGUUUAUAAUUGCGGUGCUCUGGAAAGGGCGGGAAGCAGUGGCAAUUUGUUUAUAGGGGAGGAGAGCAACAUGUGGCGGGGUAAGAAGAUCCCCAGCGGCGGAGGAUCAAUGGGCAACCUGAGCUGCGGCACCUACGGUAGCCUCAAGGACAUCACCGAAGAGGCCAUCAACCUGGCCAGCGGUAAGCUCAAAGAGUUUUCCUUCGACAAGCUUCGCCUGGCCUCUUCCAGCCACGUCACCUUCCGGAAAGGCCGCAAGGUCCGUCCCGACUCUUUUAGCCGUCGCUCCACCGACCUGGACAUCAUCUACGGCCACUUCAGCUCCAAUGUCGCCAGUGGCGGCACAACAAACGCCACCGCCGCUGUUCCUAACGACGAGAACACACCGCCCUUCUUAGAAACGAAACUGAAGGGCAGCUCCGGCUCCUUGGCGGCUAUUUCGAAAGCAAACGGUUCGAUAAGCGGCACCGGGUCGCUCGAUCAAAGUGUGAACACUCUUGCUUCGCUUUACCGCAACACUCUAGGGGACGAGAACCUGAUUGCCCGUCUGCUGGAGAAAACCUGGGGAGAGGCAGCCGCCGGGGGUGCCGGUGGGGAGGACAUCCGUGCCUGCCUGGACAUCCUUCUCAAAUGCUCGGAGGACCUGAAGAAAUGCACCGACAUCAUCAAGCAGUGCAUCCGCCGUAAAGCCGGUGGUGGGCCUCAGGACGGUGGGGCCAGUCCCGACAGCGUGUACCGGGCGUUGAUGACUCGACUGAGCAUGUAUCUCAAGAGACUACCUUUGGAUCUGGAGGGGGUAGGAGGCGGGGGGCAGGGCGAUCUUAUGGAGCUAGUAAACAGUCUCAACUUAGUCCAACAGGCGCCCUUCUCACCGAUAUUUGGCAGCGAGCAGCCUCCUCGUUACGAGGACGUGGUGCAGUCGCCUCCCAACCCAAAGACGGCGGCUCAUUCUGCGCCGUCCAUUCCCCACAUGUCCGUCCAGAGCUCCCCGUCCAAAGCUCUCAACAAUGGACUCCAGCAUUCGCAUCAUUCUCAGUCGUCCAUCUCCCUACACUGUCUAUCUCCCACUCUCGUCCCGAGUUCACCCUCCAGUCGCUCUCCGACAGAGUCUCCGUCCCGGCUUCGGCUCUCCCCCACCCCACCGUACAGCCAGACCCCUCCGGGAUCUCCUAUGGAGCCACUGUACAUUGAGGAGGAAGACACAGAUAUUGCUAAGACGUCAGACCAGAUCACUCAACAACCUUCCCAGACCAGAAACGCAUCAAAUAAACCCAUUUAUCCAUCUCAACUAAACUCUACCAGCACUGUCCACAACCCAACGAGGCCUUCCUCCACCACGCCAGCGCACAGGAACGAUGACAUUGACAAACUGCUCAUGGAUCUGGAGAAUCUUUCCCAGAGUAUGAGCAAGCCCAGGAUCAUCGAGCCCCCACUUCCCGUCAAGACCCGCAAGCGAGGUGGCAGCGGUCUGGGUAUUGUGUCUACUGACGCCCAGGCUGAGCCCAAAAUGCCCCAGAUCCCAAUGAAAACCCCCGCGAGCCACCUCGCCACCAACGGGGCUGGUUCAAAGGUCCUCCCAGGUGACAACCGCAAUGGUCCAGUCGGCGAGGAGCAGGAGGACGGCGCUUUGCUGUUGAGAAUCUUGGAAAGCAUUGAGAGUUUCGCCCAGGAGCUGGUAGACUCUGGAGCGGGGAGCACCGGGAGCGCCGAGAGGAACAGCGGGAAGGAACGUGAGGUGAUGAGGCUCCUGCAAGGCACACUGGGGUCCCCCGGGAGGCCUGACACCCCCAUUGAUGGUACGACUGUAAAAACUGCCCUGCCGGUUUGUUCAGAGGAAGCUGUUCCUGUCGUAACCGUUCCUGCCAUUCCGCCAAAGCUCUCUGCCCGAUCAACCUUGGCUACACCUGCUCUCACACAAAAAACCACAGCCGGAGAAGUGUGUACAACUACAUCUCCGUCUCGACCUGGACCCGAGACUGCUGCUCCGCCCGCAACACCUCAACCAACAGACCCCGUUUCCGAAGCGCCUACGGUCCAUCCCAAAUCCACGCCCGCACCCGCGAACUCGCAUCCCCUUGUGCAUUCUGCCCACCCGGAGAACGAUGGCACGCCGAAAGUCCCGACGACCGGUUCCAGCCUGCACGCGGCGGCCGAGAGAGAUCCCGCCGUCACCGGUGGCGACCCUCCGGCCUCGAGAGACACGGGUUCGACGCUGCUCAUCCAGCAGACGCCGGAAGUGAUCAGGGUCCAGUCCAAAGCGGAGAAGAAACCCGGCACGCCGCCGCCGGCCCCCGUCCAGGCGUCCGCCGUCCCGCACGCCCCCUCGCGCCGCUCGCCCAGCCCACCCCCGGCGGCGGCUCCGGUGAUCGUCACCCCUCCUCCCCCUCCGGCCGUCAACAUUCCCAGGUUCUACUACCCGCGAGGGCUUCCCGCCGCGGGGCCGCCGGCCCACCACGACGCCGCCGUCGCCGCCAUCGAAGCGGCCUUCGCCGAGUUUGAGGAGGAGAAGGCCGACAUUUACGAGAUGAGCAAAGUCGCCAAGGCGUGCGAGUGUCCGCUCUACUGGAAGUCGGCCAUGUUCUACGGCGCCGGCGGCGAACGGACGGGCUUCGUCUCUGUUCAUGCCUUCGUCGCCACCUGGAGGAAGUUGCUGCACAGUUGCCACGACGACGCCUCGAGGUUCAUUCACCUGCUGGCCAAACCCGGCUGUCAAUAUCUGGAGCAGGAGGAUUUCAUUCCUCUUCUGCAGGACAUCGUGGACACGCACCCCGGACUUAUGUUUCUGAAGGAUGCACCCGAGUUUCAUUCCCGCUACAUCACAACGGUCAUCCAGCGGAUAUUCUACGUGGUGAACCGCUCGUGGACGGGACGCGUGUCCAUGACGGAGCUGCGGCGCAGCAACUUCCUGCAGACGCUGGCGCUGCUGGAGGAGGAGGACGACAUCAACCAGAUCACCGACUACUUCUCCUACGAGCACUUCUACGUCAUCUACUGCAAGUUCUGGGAGCUGGACACCGACCACGACCUCUACAUCGACCACAAGGACCUGGCCCGCUACAACGACCACGCGUCCUCCAACAGAAUCAUCGAGCGGUUGUUUUCGGGCGCGGUGACACGGGGCAACGCGGUGCAGAGGGAAGGUCGCAUGAGCUACGCCGAGUUUGUCUGGUUUCUUCUGUCCGAAGAGGACAAGAAAAAUCCCACCAGUAUCGAGUACUGGUUCCGCUGCAUGGACGUGGACGGCGACGGCGUGCUGUCCAUGUUCGAGCUGGAGUUUUUCUACGAGGAGCAGUGCGAGCGCAUGGAGCGGACGGGCAUCGAACCGCUGCCCUUCCAGGACCUGCUGUGCCAAAUGCUCGACUUGGUCAAACCGGAGAGGCCAGGCAGAAUAACGCUUAGUGACCUGAAACGCUGCCGCAUGGCUCACAUCUUCUUCGACACCUUCUUCAACCUGGAGAAGUAUUUGGACCACGAACAGCGGGACCCCUUUGCUGUGCAGAAGGACCUCGACGGCGACGGUCCGGAGCCGUCCGACUGGGACAAAUACGCCUCGGAGGAGUACGAGAUCCUGGUGGCGGAGGAGACGGCCAACGAACAGAUACACGAAGGGUCAUUCGAGGACGACUACGACGUGGACGAGCUUCAGGUCCCGGCCGACGUCGGGAACAAGAUGGAAACGCUGGUCAUUUCCGAUCUGUCGGCGUGAAACCGGCGGACUGACGCGCCCAACAGAAAAGGACAAACAAGUGGAAAAGGACAUUUUGGAACGAUGACUUUUUUUUGGGGGGGGGGGUGCAGACUUAUGCUAACGUGUGUGCACGUGCAUCCGUGCCAUGCGUGCGCACACAAAGCGGGUGAGGGAGAAUUUCUUCAAUAAGCUUUAAAAGAACACGAAGAGGUUUUUUUUCUUUUUUUUUGUUUUUAUCAAACUUUUGGACAAUCGUGCGCCAAGACAAUCACAAAAAAGUAUUAGUGUUCAAAAAUCAUUUUCCCAAAAUUUGAGAGAAAAAUCCGUACGUGGGAAAAUGUUUUGAGGAAAAAUCCUUGGUCUCGAAUGAAAAAAAAAAAAAAAAUGCAUUAAAGAUGGCAAUCCAUCUUGCAAAAAGUUAUGAAAAAUAUUUCCUUUCCCCCCAAAAAUUUAAAUUUUAAAGUCUGCAUUUUUUUUAAAUUUUGCAAAAAAAAAAACGAGAACUUUUUUUUAUUUAAAAGCAGAAAAAAUGACUUGCCAUGCAAAAAAAAAAAACCCUCCCCACACCUGCAAAGAAAAGAUUUGUUUAUUUUUGUGAAAUAUUUUGAGAAAUGUAUUAAAGUCUAAUGCAAAAUCUUUUGAUUUCUGCAAACGAUCCAAA